AUGUCUCUCACCGUGACCACCGAAACCCAACAGGGGGCGCCGCAUUCAGAAGAAAAGGCUCCGGUGGCCGUGAACAUGGUGAUCCGGCAGGACCCCUUCUACAUCACGCUGGACGCCGCAGCCCUGCUAGCCAUCUCCAUAUUGCUCGUGCUCGGCAUGCACUUCAUCGAGCGGCUGGUGCUCGAGCUCCUCAUCAUCCUCGUGCCCAUGGCCCUACUCAUCCAUAACGAUUACCUCAACUUCCUCAAGCUCGGCCCCGGCGGCACCCCACCCACCCCUUCCGGCUACGCCCGCCUGACCUGGUACCGACUCUUCACCCUCCGCGAUCCCUUCAGCGCACCACCCGUCGACCCCUCCCAAAAGCCCGCGGCCGGCAUCCUGUCCCAACUCCCCUACCGCCCAGGGCCCCGACCCGUCGUAGCGGGCCUCGCGCCGCAGCGCCAACUCAACCAGCACGGCGCCAUCCCCUCCUCCAACCGGCUCCGGGCGGCCAUCCAGGCCGUCACCCAACGCCUGCCCGGCGACUUCGUGACGGCGACGUCCUGCCUCGAGAAGCACGGGUUCGCGCUGUUCGCGCGGCACCCGGUCAACGUGUGUGGCAACGGCGAGGUGUGCCACAUCCACACGUCGGACCGCUCGAUGCACCUCAACCUGCACCCGGACGACAUCCGCGAGGUGCUCGAGAAGGGCUGGGGCCAGCGCCACCCCAUGGCCUGGGAGGGCUGGGUGCGCAGCCCCGUGCCCAGAACCUUUACCAUGAUUUAUGCGCCGAGGGAUGAGAACGACUUGAAGAUUGUGUGCGGCAUUAUCGAGGCCGCGAUUUGGUACACCACUGCGAGGAAGGUUGAUGUGCAGCUUGCGCCGGAAUCCUAA